AUGGCUCCAACAAAGGCCGAGAAAAAGCCAGCAGAGAAGAAACCCGCCGCAGAGAAAUCCCCUGCCGAGAAGAAACCUAAGGUAGAGAAGAAGAUCUCGAAGGAAGGAGGAAGCGACAAGAAGAAGAAGAAGACCAAGAAGAGCGUAGAGACCUACAAGAUCUACAUCUUCAAGGUGCUGAAGCAGGUUCAUCCUGAUAUCGGUGUCUCCAGCAAGGCUAUGGGAAUCAUGAACAGUUUCAUCAAUGACAUCUUUGAAAAACUCGCUCAAGAAUCGUCACGUCUGGCUAGGUAUAACAAGAAGCCAACUAUUACUUCUCGGGAGAUUCAAACAGCUGUUAGAUUGGUACUUCCGGGUGAGUUGGCUAAACACGCCGUUUCUGAGGGCACAAAAGCCGUCACCAAAUUCACCAGUACUUGA